UGAAAUACCGUACACACGGUAAACGCGAAUGAUCUUAUUUAGUCUUCUGUCGACACGCACACACGGUCGUUAUAGGUAGCGUAAAUUAAAUAAUAUAUUUUAUUCUAUUUUUUUUUCUCCCGUCCAAAGAAGAAGAAAACGACUAUGAUCGCUUCCCGUUGUUUGCUGAAUGGUUUCUUGGUGAUCGCCUUAACUAUGUCCGUCCUGGUACACAACGCGACCGGCACACCGACUGGCGGGAGCGAUGACGAAGACGGCGAUGGCGGCGGUGGUGCCGUCGUCGUCGGCGAGGGCACGACGCCGUCACCGACGCUGAUGGACCGAGUGACAGGCGUGAUGGACAGCGUCAAGCAGCAAGCGUCCGAGACGCUCGACGGGGCCGGAUCCGCGGCCGGAAGCGCGGCGUCCGUGCUCAGCCGCCUCCAACCGGGCUCGACCAAGCAGACGCCGGAAGUGGGCGGCAACGGACUGCGUGCGCCCGAGAAGAAACUUCCGACGGGCGACAACACGCUGGGACGACUGCAGGAGACCAAGGGACGCACCGUGGCCGCGGCCAAGAAGGUGGUGGACGAGACCAUACACAAGCUGCAGUCCACCGUGAGCGACAUACGACGCACUAUCAGUGGCGACGACUGGGAAGACGAGGGCGGCGACCGGAGGAUAAGUAGCGCGCUGGACGGCCUGUUCCGGGCCGUGGGCACGGAGGGCAAGGCGGUGUUUGAGUACGCGUCCGACGUCAUCAACGAGACGGCUGACCGGGCCAAGGCGGCCGUCGAAAAGGCCCAGUCACAACAAAACAAGCGACAGCCCAACCAACAGUGAUCUUAUGUCAUAAUAAUAAUAUUACGUUAAUUAUUUCCGAUUACAUAUUAUAAUAAUAUAAUAUAAUAUUAUAUAUUAGGUAUUGACUGUUUGCGAAUUUAAGUCUUAAAUAAACUAUUUAUGUUUGUGUUA